AUGAGGACAAGGUUCCUGGCGCUGAGGACAAGGUUCUUGGCGGGGAGGACAAGGUUCCUGGCGGUGAGAACAAGGUUCCUGGCGGUGAGAACAAGGUUCCUGGAGGUGAGAACAAGGUUCCUGGCGGUGAGAACAAGGUUCCUGACGGUGAGGACAAAGUUGCUGACGGUGAGGACAAGGUUCCUGGCGCUGAGGACAAGGUUCCUGGCAGUGAGGGCAAGGAUCCUGGCGGUGAGGACAAGGUUCCUGACGCUGAGUACAACGUUCCUGGCGCUGAGGACAAGGUUGCUGGCGCUAAGGACAAGGUUCCUGGCGCUGAGGACAAGGUUCCUGGCGCUGAGGACAAGGUUCUUGGCGGGGAGGACAAGGUUCCUGGCGCUGACGACAAUGUUCCUGGCGGUGAGGACAAAGUUCCUGGCGGUGAGGACAAGGUUCCUGGCGGUGAGGACAAGGCUUCUGGCGGUGAGGACAAGGUUCCUGACGGUGAGAACAAGGCUCCUGGCGCUGAGGACAACGUUUAUGGCGCUGAGGACAAGGUCCUGGCGCUGAGGACAAGGUUCCUGGCGGUGAGAACAAGGCUUCUGGCGGUGAGGACAAGGUUCCUGACGGUGAGGACAAGGUUCCUGACGGUGAGGACAACGUUUCUGGCGGUGAGGACAAGGUUCCUGACGGUGAGGACAAGGUUCCUGGCGGUGAGGACAAGGUUCCUGGCGGUGAGGACAAGGUUCCUGACGGUGAGAACAAGGUUCCUGACGCUGAGGAGAGGUUCCUGGCGGUGAGGACAAGGUUCCUGGCGCUGAGGACAAGGUUCCUGGCCGUGAGAACAAGGUUCCUGGCGCUGAGGACAAGGUUCCAAGCGGUGAGGACAAGGUUCUUGACGUUGAGGACAAGGUUCCUGGCGGUGAGGACAAGGUUCCUGACGGUGAGGACAAGGUUCCUGGCGGUGAGGACAAGGUUCCUGACGGUGAGGACAAGGUUCCUGGCGCUGAGGACAAGGUUCCUGGCCGUGAGAACAAGGUUACUGGCGCUGAGGACAAGGUUCCUGGCGGUGAGGACAAGGUUCCUGACGGUGAGGACAAGGUUCCUGGCGGUGAGGACAAGCUUCCUGGCGGUGAGGACAAGGUUGCUGACGGUGAGGACAAGGUUCCUGGCGUUGAGGACAAGGUUGCUGACGGUGAGGACAAGGUUCCUGGCGCUGAGGACAAGGUUCCUGACGGUGAGGACAAGGUUCCUGGCGGUGAGGACAAGGUUCCUGGCGGUGAGGACAAGGUUCCUGACGGUGAGGACAAGGUUCCUGGCGCUGAGGACAAGGCUCCUUGCGCUGAGGACAACGUUUAUGGCGCUGAGGACAAGGUCCUGGCGCUGAGGACAAGGUUCCUGGCGGUGAGGACAACGUUUAUGGCGCUGAGGACAAGGUCCUGGCGCUGAGGACAAGGUUCCUGGCGGUGAGGACAAGGCUUCCGGCGGUGAGGACAAGGUUCCUGACGGUGAGGACAAGGCUUCUGGCGGUGAGGGCAAGGUUCCUGGCGGUGAGGACAAGGUUCCUGACGGUGAGGGCAAGGUUCCUGGCGGUGAGGACAAGGUUCCUGACGGUGACGACAAGGUUCCUGGCGCUAAGGACAAGGUUCCUGGCCGUGAGAACAAGGUUCCUGGCGCUGAGGACAAGGUUCCUGGCAGUGAGGACAAGGUUCCUGACGGUGAGGACAAGGUUCCUGGCGGUGAGGACAAGGUUCCUGGCGGUGAGGACAAGGUUCCUGACGGUGACGACAAGGUUCCUGGCGCUAAGGACAAGGUUCCUGACCGUGAGAACAAGGUUCCUGGCGCUGAGGACAAGGUUCCUGGCAGUGAGGACAAGGUUCCUGACGGUGAGGACAAGGUUCCUGGCGGUGAGGACAAGGUUCCUGGCGGUGAGUACAAGGUUCCUGACGGUGAGGACAAGGUUCCUGGCGGUGAGGACAAAGUUCCUGGCGGUGAGGACAAGGUUCCUGACGGUGAGGACAAGGUUCCUGGCGCUGAGGACAAGGUUCCUAACGGUGAGGACAAGGUUCCUGGCGGUGAGGACAAGGUUCCUGGCGGUGAGGGCAAGGUUCCUGGCGGUGAGAACAAGGUUCCUGACGGUGAGGACAAGGUUCCUGGCGCUGAGUACAAAGUUCCUGACGGUGAGGACAAGGUUCCUGGCGCUCAGGACAAGGUUGCUGACGGUGAGGACAAGGAUCCUGGCGCUGAGGACAAGGUUGCUGACGGUGAGGACAAGGUUCCUGGCGCUGAGGACAAGGUUCCUGACGGUGAGGACAAGGUUCCUGGCGGUGAGGGCAAGGUUCCUGGCGGUGAGGACAAGGUUCCUGACGGUGAGGACAAGGUUCCUGGCGCUGAGGACAAGGCUCCUGGCGCUGAGGACAACGUUUAUGGCGCUGAGGACAAGGUCCUGGCGCUGAGGACAAGGUUCCUGGCGGUGAGGACAAGGCUUCUGGUGGUCAGGACAAGGUUCCUAACGGUCAGGACAAGGUUCCUGGCGGUGUAAGCAAGGUUCCUGGCGCUGAGGACAAGGUUCCUGGCGCUGAGAACAACGUUCCUGGCGCUGAGGACAAGGUUCCUGGCGCUGAGGACAAGGUUCCUGGCGCUGAGGACAAGGUUCCUAGCGCUGAGGGCAAGGUUCUUGGCGGGGAGGACAAGGUUCCUGGCGCUGAGGAGAAUGUUCCUGGCGGUGAGGACAAGGUUCCUGGCGGUGAGGACAAGGCUUCUGGCGGUGAGGACAAGGUUCCUGACGGUGAGGACAAGGUUCCUGACGGUGAGGACAAGGUUCCUGGCGCUGAGGACAAGAUUCCUGGCGCUGAGGACAAGGUUCCAGGCGCUGGGGACAAGGUUCCUGGCGAUGAGGACAAGGUUCCUGGCGCUGAGGACAAGGUUCCUAGCGCUGAGGGCAAGGUUCUUGGCGGGGAGGACAAGGUUCCUGGCGCUGAGGAGAAUGUUCCUGGCGGUGAGGACAAGGUUCCUGGCGGUGAGGACAAGGCUUCUGGCGGUGAGGACAAGGUUCCUGACGGUGAGGACAAGGUUCCUGACGGUGAGGACAAGGUUCCUGGCGCUGAGGACAAGAUUCCUGGCGCUGAGGACAAGGUUCCAGGCGCUGGGGACAAGGUUCCUGGCGAUGAGGACAAGGUUCCUGGCGCAGAGGACAAGGUUCCUGGCGCUGAGGACAAGGUUCCUGGCGGUGAGGACAAGGCUUCUGGCGGUGAGGAUAAUGUUCCUGACGGUGAGGACAAGGUUCCUGGCGGUGAGGGCAAGGUUCCUGGCGGUGAGGACAAGGUUCUUGACGGUGAGGACAAGGUUCCUGCCGCUGAGGACAAGGUUCCUGGCGGUGAGGACAAGAUUCUUGGCGGUGAGGACAACGUUCCUGGCGCUGAGGACAAGGUUCCUGGCGCUGAGGACAAGGUUCCUGGCGCCGAAGACAAGGUUCCCGGCCGUGAGAACAAGGUUCCUGGCGCUGAGGACAAGGUUCCUGGCGGUGAGGACAAGGUUCCUGACGGUGAGUACAAGGUUCCUGGCGGUGAGGACAAGGUUCCAGGCGGUGAGGACAAGGUUCCUGACGGUGAGGACAAGGUAUAUGGCGCUGAGGAAAAGGUUCGUGGCGCUGAGGACAACGUUUCUCGCGCUGAGGACAAGGUUCCUGGCGCUGAGGACAAGGUUCCUGGCGGUGAGAACAAGGCUUCUGGCGGUGAGGACAAGGUUCCUGACG